GCGUUCACGCGCAGAGAGGAAGCUACGAGGCCUGCACGAAAAAAAAAAGAAAAGAAAGAAGAGCUAUACUACAAACUACACGAUUGGUUCUGUUACUUUCUGUCGCUGUGAAAAACAGCACCGAGUGCUAUUUUAACACCACAACGGAACAUUGAAUAUCUAGCGGUACGAUAAGGCUGUGUUUGGUGAUUUUUAAUUAUUUCUUUUUUUUUUUUUUUUUUUUUACCCGCGCGUGUUCACCUGCAUCCGGGAGGUACGGUGGUUGUCACUCCUCAAAUCCCCCGUACUGCAGCAGCCAGGAUCAACAAUAACAAGCGAGCGCAGAGACUGAACCAGGCCCCGGUUCUGCGCUGAACAUCACCGCCAUGGCGUGUCUCGGUGUUUUUAGGUGCUGAUACAUUUACCGGGUGAAGCUCGGGCAGUAUGAACCAACAGAUUAAACCCCAUCUCAAACUCUAGCCUCAGAAACGCAGCAGCCGGAGCUUAAGGGAGACCGGACAUGGCGUCAGAGGAGACCUCAUUGCGAGCACUAGAAAGUCUUAUGACUGAGUUUUUCCACAGCUGCACUACUAAUGACCGCAAGAGAGAGAUUGAGGAACUGCUGAAUAGUUUUGCUGGCCAGCCAGGCUCCUGGAGACAAUGCCUCUACUUCCUCUCCAAUAGCAGAAAUGAAUAUGUCAUGAUGUAUAGUCUUACAGUAUUUGAGAACCUGGUCAACAAAAUGUGGGUCGGUGUAGCCAGUGAGGAUAAAGCAGAGCUUCGUAACUGCUUGCCAAAGUUGUUGCUGUCCCAGCAUGCUCAGUUGCCCUUCUUCAUCAGAAACAAGCUCUGCAAAGUCAUCGUGGACAUCGGACGCCAGGACUGGCCAAUGUUCUACCACGACUUCUUUAGCAAUACUUUACAGUUGGUGCAGUCCCCUACUCUGGCACCCCUGGGUUUGGUUCUAUUGAAGAUGACCUCAGAAGAGCUGGUGUGUCCGAGGGAAGAUUUGAGUGUUGGUAGGAAAGAGGAGCUGAAAAAACUCUUACUGGAACAGAUACCAACUGUAUUAAAUUUGCUGACUGGUAUUCUAGAAACUGUUUGGGAUAAGCACAGUGUCUCGGUAACAACACCUCCUCCAUCACCGACAUCAAGAGAUACGGGUGACGCCACUCCACUGGGGUUGGAGUCAGAGAGUAGCCUGUUGUGUCUGCUGGCUCUGGAGUGCUUGGCUCAUCUCUUCAGCUGGAUACCUCUGUCCUCCUCCAUCACACCGGCCCUCCUGGCCUCCAUCUUCCACUUUGCUCGCUUCGGCUGCCAGCUGCCAAUCAAAACCAAGCCUCCGCCCACUUCCAACGGAGACUCUGCCCCUGGCAGUCUCUUAGCCAAUGGGAGCGAGGGAAGGACAGGACACAUGGUGGACCAUGCUAAGCGGGCCCAGUUAGGCAUCAUGGCUAUGAACUGCAUUAACGAGCUGAUGUGUAAAAACUGUGUGCCGCUCGACUUUGAGGAGUUUCUGCUCCGCAUGUUUCAGCAGACUUUUUACCUCCUACAAAGACUCACAAACUCGCACACCAACAUACACACAGUCAAAAACAGACUGCAGGAGUUGGAUGAAAGUUAUUUGGAGAAGUUCACAGAUUUUCUGCGACUCUUUGUAAGUGUUCAUCUAAGGAGGAUCGAGUCCAACGCUCAGUUUCCUCUAGUGGAGUUUCUGGCUUUGCUCUUUAAGUACACCUUCAACCAGCCAACACAUGAGGGCUACUUGGCUUGCUUGGAUAUAUGGAGUAUAUUCCUGGACUACCUAACCACCAAAAUCAGGAGCCGACUGGCUGACAGAGAUAGCGUGUUAAACAGGUAUAAGGAUGCUUUAGUGAUGCUACUCCGAGAGGUCCUGAACCGCAUUCAGUUCAGGUUGAAUCAAAGUCAGCUGGAGGAGCUGGACGAUGAGACCCUAGAUGAUGAUCAACAAACUGAAUGGCAGCGAUAUUUGCGUCAGAGUUUGGAGGUAGUUGCCAAGGUGAUGGAGCUGCUCCCAUCUCAGACCUUCUCCAUUCUGUUCCCAGUACUUCAGGAGGACUUGGAUGUUUACCUUGGGCUGCAGCAGUUCAUCGUAACCACACGAACAAAUCGCAGGUUGAACAUCACGGCCGAAGCUGACUGUAGGAGGCUGCACUGUGCGCUGAGAGAUCUGAGCUCCCUGCUGCAGGCUGUAGGGCGUUUGGCCGAGUUUUUCACCGGAGACGUCUUUACAGCUCGCUUCAACGAUGCCCUAGCUAUUGUCCAGAGGCUUGUGGAGGUCACUUGUUAUGGCUCUCAGAUCAGCCUGUAUGAUGUGGAAAUGGCUGUCCCUUCAGUUCUUAAACCUGACCUUAUAGACGUUCAUGCCCAGUCAUUGGCUGCACUGCAGGCAUAUUCUCAUUGGCUGGCACAGUUCUGCAGUGAAGUACAGCGGCAGCAGGAUCAAACGCAAUUCGUUGACCUCAUCACAUCCUGCAUGGCCGCCACUACACCCCUAAUUAACGCCAAGGUUCCUGAGAAAUUGCUGUUAUCUGCGUGUCAUCUACUGGUAUCCAUGGCAACAACAGUGCGACCUGUAUUCAUGGUGUCAUUAUCUGCGGUACAGAAUGUCUUCAAUCUCAUCACAGAAAACCACAAUCAUAGACUGGCCCAGGAGGCUCAUGUGCUGGUCUGCAGGGCUUUGUCGAACAUGCUUCUUUUACCAUGGCCAAGUCUACCAGAGGCAGAACAGCAAUGGCAAAGUCGAUCAACCAAUCAUGCACGUCUAAUCAGCACCAUCACACAUCAGUACCGCCUGCUGCGUCGCCCACCAGACCACCAUCCCAACAGUGCGUGCAAUCAUGCUCAUGUCCUUCAAACAGAUGGCGAAGGUAAAGUGGUGCUUCAGCAGACCCUGUGUGUACUGCGGGAUCUAGUGGACAGCAUAUCAGGAGAAGCCACAAAAUCACGUCAGAUAUGUUAUCAGAGCCUGCAGGAGUCUGUUCAGGUCACUCUGGCUCUGUUCCCGCUGUACAUUCAGCAGCCUGAUGUAACAGAUGAGAUGCUGAGUUUUUUCCUCACACUAUUCCAGGCACUUCGGGUGCAGAUGGGAGUCACGUUCACUGAACAAAUCAUUCAGACUUUCCUCAGCAUGUUCACCAGGGAGCAGCUGGCAGUCAGCAUCCUUCAGGAGGGCAGUGCUGGUUCAAAAGUUGUUGAAAAAUUCCUCAAGAUUCUACAGGUUGUGGUUCAGGAGCCUGGUCAGACCUUUAAACCCAUGUUACCCAGCAUCCUCAGCCUUUGUAUGGAGCAGGUGUACCCUAUAGUGGCAGAUCGCUCCUGUCCAGAUGUGAAAGCUGAAAUGUUCGAGCUGCUCUUCCAAAUCCUCCAUCAGAACUGGAGGUUCUUCUUUAAGACCUCAGUCCUAAACAGUGUUCAGAGAACAGGGGCAGAAGAACACAUGGAGAACGAGGCCCAGUUUAUUGCCGCCAUGCAGGCAUUUGGACAGUCCUUCCUGCAGCCUGAUAUCCAUAUCUUCAAACAGAACUUGAGCUAUCUGGAGAUUCUUAACACAAAACACAAACUCUAUCACAGGAAGUUGUUCAGGAACUCCAUGCUCUUCCAUUUCAUCAAUGUGCUGCUGCAAGUUCUCCUGCACAAGAGCCAUGACCUCUUGCAGGAUGACAUCACUCUGGCCCUCUACAACAUGGCUGCUGUAGAUUUCCCAGCUUUUUAUACCUCCUUCCUGCCAGAGUUCCUCAAUGGCUGCCAAGGCCUCGACCCUCACCAACGCACGACGCUCGCCCGCAACUUCACACCAGAGAGGGACCUGCCAUCGUUUUCUCAGGGAGUGUAUCGAUUGGUGAAUGACCUGCGUUUUUACAGACUGUGCAAUGGAAGCUUGCCUCCAGGAACGCUAAAAUUAUAGCAAUGUUCCCCGAUAAAUGCAAAGCCAAACCAUGUCUCGUCUUCACGAGGAAGCAGAUCACUUCCACGCAAGUGAUCAAGCCACGCUCUCUGCCAGGACCCAGCCUAUGAUCUUUCAGUUAGUGGCGUGUAAGCAGAACCACACCCCUUGCGGGGUUUGUUAGCAUUUUUUUUAUGUGUUUAUUUCAGCAAAAGUUCACGUUGCCAACGAUCAUAAGGCCAAAGUGUACGUUCCACUGCUGCAAUGAUGCCGGAAGCGGAAGAGCUGAAGCCAGUUUAAGUUAAAUGCAUGUUUACGCACUAGUGGAGCAGAUCUGUAAGCACACUGGCUGGAGAUUUGAAUCCAUGUCCUUUAAAAUGAAAGUGCCAUUGAAAGCACUCUGCUGCAGUUGAGAUGAGCAGUUUUGAUUUAAAGAAUGAACGCAGUUUGACAUGGACGCUUGAUUGGGUCAUUGGUGACUAGCACAGUGUGAGGACUGUUUUAAAAUGGACUGCUGUGAUUCAGAGCGCCGAAUUUCGUUUUGUUUCUCCUGUGUCUGAUUUUAACGCCUUCAUCCCCAUGGAGACGGACUCUUACUCCUUUCGUAUCAUUCCAUCCUGGUUCAGGAGAUAGAUCCUCAAUAAAGUUUUAUAAGGAAA